AUGGCGGAGGCAUCGCUGCAACCGGAGUUGUCACGCAGUCAACGCAAGAAGCUGGCGGCAAAGGCGCGCAAGGCAAGAUACCUCGCGGCCCAGGUGGCAGAUGAUGAAGACGAAGGGGUACCAGCCGCGCAAGAGGUGGAGGACUUGUCUCGAAAGGGCGUGGAGCAGCCUGAGGAAGAGGAACAUGCUGGAGCAAUCCAAAAUUCCGUUAUGCCUACUACAUCGAUUUCCUCAAUCCAGGGCAGCCACAGCUUGGAAGACCUCAAGAAGGCUGUGUGCGAUGAACUGUACCAGAUCCAAUGCAGAUUCCGGAUCAUGGAAAUAGUUUUGGGACACGUGCUGGAGGAAAACCAGGAGCUCAAGCGACGGCUGCAUGAGGAGGAGCCCAAUGGAGCCGACGCUGAAGACCAAGUGUUCUGA